UAUAUAUAUAAGCCCCCCCGUGUGUCCCGGCUGUGUCCCAGCAUGUCCCCUGUGUGUGUCCCGAGGACUCUCCGCCUCCUCCGGCAGCUCUUCCCCGGCCUGCCCGCCGCCAUGCAGCGCCUCUACAGCCUGGAUGUGUCCGCUCCGCUGCUGCGGACGCAGGGCUACGUGGACGGCCGCUGGGUCUCCGCAGCCUCGGUGUUCCCGGUGCUGGACCCGGCCACCGGACAGGAGAUAGCCCGGGUGUCGGACUGUGGCCCGGCGGAGGCCAAGCAGGCUGUGGACGCUGCGUUCAAGGCGUUUCAGUCCUGGAAGCAGCGCAGCGCCAAAGAGAGGAGCGUCCUGCUGAGGAGAUGGUUCGACCUGAUGACCAAUCACAAAGAGGAGCUGGCCCGACUCAUCACCUUCGAGUGUGGUAAGCCCCUGCAGGAGUCUCUGGGCGAGGUGGCGUACUCCGCCUCCUUCCUGGAGUGGUUUUCUGAGGAGGCUCGGCGAGUGUAUGGCGACAUCGUCCCGUCGCCCAACAAAGACCGAAAGAUCCUCCUCCUCAAACAGCCUGUGGGCGUGUCCUCCAUCAUCACACCGUGGAACUUCCCCAGUGCGAUGAUCACCAGGAAGGUGGGAGCUGCUCUGGCUGCCGGCUGCACGGUGGUGGUGAAACCAGCCGAGGACACGCCGCUGUCAGCGCUCGCUCUGGCUGAGCUGGCGGAGCAGGCGGGGAUCCCGGCGGGGGUCUUCAACGUGGUUCCUUGCUCCAGAGAGAAGACUCCGUCAGUCGGGGAGGUUCUCUGCACCGACCCGCUGGUCGCCAAAAUCUCCUUCACUGGUUCCACUGCCACCGGCAAGGUGCUGCUGAAACUGGCUGCUGACACGGUGAAGAAGGCGUCCAUGGAGCUGGGAGGCCACGCCCCCUUCAUCGUGUUCGACAGCGCUGACAUCGACAAGGCGGUUAAAGGAGCCGUCGCCUCCAAGUUCAGGAACUCUGGACAGACGUGUGUGUGUUCCAACCGUUUCCUGGUGCAGAGCGGCAUCCACGACCGCUUCGUGGAGCAGCUGGGCCGAGCGAUGGACGCCGAGCUCCGGCUGGGUCACGGCUCGGAGCCCGGCACCACCCAGGGGCCGCUCAUCAACAGCAGAGCUGCAGAGAAGGUGGUGCAGCAGAUCUCAGACGCCGUGUCCAGGGGAGCGAAGGUGCUGAAGGGCGGGAAGCGUCUGGACGGCUCCUUCAUGGAGCCCACUCUGCUGGCUGACGUCACCACAGACAUGCUCUGCACCAAGGAGGAAACCUUCGGCCCGCUGCUGCCCGUCAUCAGGUUCAACACAGAGGAAGAGGCUCUGGCUAUCAGUAACGCUACUAACGUCGGGCUGGCAGGCUACUUCUUCUCGGAGGACGUGGCUCAGAUCUGGCGGGUGGCCGAGGCGCUGGAGGUGGGGAUCGUCGGGGUCAACGAGGGCGUCCCGUCCUGCGCCGAGGCCUCGUUCGGCGGCGUCAAAGAGUCCGGGCUGGGUCGCGAGGGCUCCAAGUACGGCAUCAACGACUACCUGGAGGUCAAGUACGUCUGCUUCGGAGGCCUCAAACCCUGAAGGAGACGCAGCGGAGACACGCUCGGAUAAAACGUUAGAGCUCGGGUUUUAAUCCGUCUAACAGAACAGAGAAACAACCCAAUCCCACGCACCAAUCAGAGCAGAGCAAUCAACUGCAAUCAACUGCAAUCAACUGCUCCAUUUGACGCCACUGAGACAGAAAAACAGCUGAAAGUUCACCUCAAACAAAUAGUAUUUUAGUCCAAACCGUAGCUCCUAUCAGUGAUCCGACUUCACUUUGAGCAUCCUCAGUUCUUCCUGAACGUCUACAUAUGUGUUACGUGAAAAAAAAAACAGAAGAAAUUGUCUUUUUAUAGCGAUCAAAAGGAACCGGUAGCUCUGCUUUCCUCCAGAAAUGUUCCCUCCUUUUUCCCAUGGAGGUCUAUGAGGCUGUGGGUGGUGUUGGUGGUUCAUCUGUGGUCCUACGCCCAAACUAGAACUCUGACAGCUUUACCACACCAAUGAGAGGGAGAAGACACAUUUUACUACGUUUAUAUCUAUAAAUUAUUUCUGUAGAGUGGUAUCUGCAGCCUCGAGCGCAGUUUCCAAAUUUAUUUUUUGACAAAUUUUUCUCUCCCUCUACACUCUAGAGAUGAUGUCAUCCACUCUAGCCUCUCCAUAGGGUAACAUUGGGGGGAUUUUUUGGUGUGUUUUUGCGGAAUAAUUUGAAAACCGUUAGCUGAAACCCUUAGAAAAGUCACAGCACACUUGUCAUGGCCGAGACGGUCGAUUUGAUACCUUUUUAGUGUUUGUGAGACCAAAACUGGGAAGAAACGUAAGAAUAAAAAGGAAGAAUCCCGGUGGAGAGUAGAUAGUCGCUCUUACAAGCACACUCUAUAAAUAUUUUUUUAUCUUCACCCUGAAAGUGAAACAGGAUCCUCUUAGUUUCUCCUCUGAAGCUUUUUUCAAUAGAAACUGUCAAAACGAAUAUUUAAGGCAAUAAUUAUCUCAUCAAAACACAUUUUCAUAAUCACUGUUGACGUUUGAGCUGACGGGAAAUACUCUCUUCUGAUUGGUCGGGACGCCUCGUUACCACAAACAUUUCACAUUUGCAUCAAAAGUCUGAAAGAAGACGACAGAAACAACUAAUUAAUUAUACUCAUUAGCAGCAGGGGAAGAAGUAAUCAGAUUACUUUACUGCAGUAAAAGUAUCAAAUUGUAGUAAAGUACUCGUUAUGCAGAUUGUUUUAUAUAUUUAGAAUAUAUUAGAUUAUUAUUGAUUUUUUUGGGCUCAUUUUAAUAACUUUACAAACUGUUUACGGUUUAAUUUAUAAACAUAGGUUAUCAUUUUAAAUGAAUCGUGUUUUUUAUGACCUGAAAAGUAACUAAAGCUGUCAGAUAAAUGUAGAGGAGUAAAUAUAGAAAGUUACAGACGUGGAAAUACUCCACAAGUAAAGUAAAAGUACCUCAAAAAGUACAGUUCUUGAGUAAAUGUACUUAGUUUCAUUGGCAUUUAUUAUCAUUAUUAUUAUUAUUAUUAUUAUUAUUAAUAUUAUUAUUAGGGCUAGAGUUAGAAUCUGUGUCCUGCUGUUUGAAAAGAGUUUUUUAAAUGUUUAACGUUUCUCCAUUGAAACAAAGAAAUAAAAUAAUCAGUAAAACGUUUGAUAACGAGAUAAAUGCUGGAAAACUUGUUAAACUUUGUUUAUGUCACCGAUCUGCUACAAAUAACACGACUUCACCUUCAAAUUACCGGCAAUACAGAAAACAAAAUCCAGUUUAGUGAAACACCAACGGUUCCCCAAACCCUCAAACAUCUCUUUACUUACUGCAUCUCGUUUUUACUGAACUACGUCACUUCAACUGCCUUUUUUUGGUAUUUUUGGGUCGUUUUUGGUCAUUUUACGGCUUGUUUUUAUAUGUUCAUCUUUUUUUUUUGGUAAUUUUGUGUCUUUUUUGGUAAUUUCACGUCCCUUUUGUUAAAUUAACAUUUUUUGUAAUUUUGUCUUUUAAUUUUUAAUUUUUUAAUUUUGUGUCUUUUCUAAUUUUACAUCUUUUUUUGUAUUUUGACCUUUUUUUUGGGUAAUUUUGUGUCUUUUUUUGUAAUGUUGUGUCCCUUUUGUUAAAUUUACAUAUUUUUUUGUAUUUUUGUAUUUUAAAAAAAAAAAUUAUGUAAUUUUUCGGUCAUUUGAAUUUUUUUUGUAAUUUUGUGGGGUUUUUUUGUUACUUUUGUGUCUUUUCGUGGUCAGUUUGCGUCUUUUUUAAAGUAUUUUUGUCUUUUUUAUGGUCAUUUUAUUUCUUCUUUUUUUUUCUUUAGUGUCUUUCUUUUUCAUUUUUUACAUCUUUUUUUCCCGGUGAAAGUCUAAAAGUUGUAAAACCAUGUCCAAAAGAUGCAAAGUGACUUUAAAUAUGCAGCUUUUUAUUCCAACCUCACCACGUCCUGCUGCCAGUAGAGAGUUUGUUGUAAUGUGAAAGUGUGAAGUCGUGAUAUUUUUUGCAGAUUAAUAAGAUAAACAAUAAAACUGCACAUCUACUAUAAUAUUUGAGUCCUGUUGUGUCUCCAUAAAACUUUCAGAAGAAUCAGUUCAUCAGACGUGAUUUCUGCACGAAAGUUGAUGUGAAACUUGAAUUUCCAAUAACCAGUGAAUGCAGCAGGAGAAAAAAUAAACUGUGAUGAAUUAAAAAAGCACAAAACUUUUUGCUGGAUUUUUCCUGAAUGCUUGUUUGUUCCUGGUGUCCUGUAGUCGCUCUAUUAAUGUGAAAUCUGUAUUUUUGUAUGAUUAAAAUAUCUGCUGACACAGUUCAAAUCACAAUCUGGACAUUUUAAAUCACUUAAAGCAUUUAUAAUAAAUGUUACAGUGUUUUUGUCUUUCUGAAACAUUUUUCAGUAACAUCUGUAUUUUAAAACAUGUUACUAAAUGAAUAUAAAUGUGGAGCAUGUGACCUGAUAAAUAAAUUAUUAAAAGAUGUGAUUUAGUAUUUAAUAAUUAGGUGGUUGUUGUCGGGCAGAUUUCGUUUUUUUUCCUCUGGUUGCCAUAAAUGUCAUAAGUGCCAUUUUUUAUUUCUGACUGUUGAAUAAAUGUACUUCUGAGUGUUUUAGAUGAAAAUAAAGAAUAAUUAACCCUA